AUGAAAUUCAUAAGAUGUACAAAAGAUUCUUGGAAUAGUGGAGGACCUCAGGGCAUCAAGCAGUAUGAUAGGGAAACCCUACUUGGUUUGCGGGAUUCAUCAGCUGCCAGGGCUCGACCUGUUAACCUUCCGGAUUUGCCAGGCAUUACCCUGAAAACACCUCUGCUUGGCAAUGGAAUGGGUCUCCUUGGCAGUGGUGGCCACUUCCCCAUGGGUAUAUCUGGUCCAAUGGUGGCUGGUGGCAUGGGUGACAAGGGGAUAGUCUCUGAUUGGAGGAAUGGAAAUGACCCCUUUAGCCCAGGUUAUGUCAAGUCGGCAAGGUCGACUGGGAAUGUAACCAAAAGAGGCAGUCAGCAAGGCAAAAAGGAAGUGAAAAAUAUUACAAUCCACAUUCCAAAAGACAUAAAAUUACGAACAAGUGAUAAUGCCUGGGUCUCUUAUAGUCGAUCCACCACUCAGAGCCAAGAAGAGGAAGACCUUAACUGGGUAAUCAAACGAGUCCGAAGCAUCUUGAACAAGCUUACGCCCGAAAACUUUAAUGCUUUACAAAAUCAAAUGGAGAAUAUAACAAUUGAUACGGAAGAGAAACUGACUGGUGUCACGGACCUUGUGUUCGAAAAGGCCAUCCUGGAACCUAAUUUUGGAACAGCGUAUGCUAAAUUUUGUAAAUUCUUAAUGAUGUUACGAGUGCCUUCAUCCACAAACCCAGAACAGAAUGUUAAUUUCCGCAGUCUCUUGCUGACAACAUGCCAAAAAGAAUUUGAAAAAGACUCUGAAAAUGAACAGAAAAUUCUUGACAAAAAGGCUUUGCUGAAAAAAGCAGAAUCUGAAGGAGAUAAGAAACAAUUACUAGAACAAUUAGACGAGGAAAUGGUUAUAGCACGGCACAGAUCUGUUGGGAAUAUAAGAUUUAUAGGUGAAUUAUUCAAGAUGAAUAUGUUAACGGAGAAGAUAAUGCAUAACUGCCUUUAUAAGCUCUCCUGUUCGACAGAUGAAGAGCGACUGGAAUGUUUCUGUAGCCUGUUGUCAAGUAUUGGACAAAUUUUGGAGAACAAGUCUGCUGACCAUGUGGAUCAAUAUUUCAAUAACGUGCAGAAAAUCGUUGUAGAUAAGAAAAUCUCUUCUCGGAUCCGCUUUAUGAUAAUGGACUUGAUAGAUUUACGUCGUCGGAAUUGGGUUCCACGCCACACAAACAAAGGCCCAAAGACUCUUGAAGAACUGCACCAAGAUAUUGAAAAUGAGCAGAUGGAAUUGCGGCAAAAAAUAGAUGCUGCAGCUACUCAUCUGACAGCCAACCAGCGAAAUCGAGGCGUACGGGCUGGGUCAAUGGGACCACCUGCACCACCACAGGCUCAUGAUGGCGAGGGAUGGAACACUGUCUCUACUCGCCUCAUGCGAACCCAGAUUGAUCCCAAAAUGUGGUUACCUAAACCUUGUAAAAUUGAUGAUAAUGUGCAACUAAUUCCCGGUGUUGGUGCUAACAAGUUUUGCCCCUGGGCCUGUGGUAGUACGGGAGGUGGUGGCCGUGGCUCAAGGAGUGACUAUCUACAGAACAGUGACAGGCAAUCGGCUCCAGCAAACCGAUUUUCUGCUUUGAGUGGAGAUGAUGAUGAUGCCACUGCCCCAAUGGGUAAUGUCCGUGGUGGUGGUCAAGAGAAUCGGCCGGAGAUGUUUGGGCGUGGAAGCAUGAGACGUGAUGGUGGACGCUCAGGGGGGACACCUGGCCAGUCAGGUCGUGGCCAGUUUAACAGUUCACUUUAUUUCUCUCUCUCUCUCUCUCUCUACCCACCUCUCUCUCUCUACCCACCUCUCUCUCUCUCUACCCACCUCUCUCUCUCUCUACCCACCUCUCUCUCUCUCUACCCACCUCUCUCUCUCUCUACCCACCUCUCUCUCUCUCUACCCACCUCUCUCUCUCUCUACCCACCUCUCUCUCUCUACCCUCCCCUCUCUCUCUCUACCCACCUCUCUCUCUCUACCCCUCUCUCUCUCUCUACCCCCCCUCUCUCUCUACCCACCUCUCUCUCUACCCCACCUCUCUCUCUCUCUACCCACCUCUCUCUCUCUCUCCCUCUCUCCUCCCCCUCUCUCUCUCUCCCCACCCUCUCUCUCUCUCUACCUCUCUCUCUCUCUACCCCCUCUCUCUCUCUCUACCCCUCUCUCUCUACCCACCUCUCUCUCUACCCCUCUCUCUCUCUCUCCCUCCCUCUCUCUCUCUACCCCCUCUCUCUCUCUCUCCCUCUCUCUCUCUCUACCCACCUCUCUCUCUCUACCCCCCUCUCUCUCUCUACCCCCUCUCUCUCUCUACCCCCUCUCUCUCUCUCUCUCUCUCUCCCCUACCUCUCUCUCUCUACCCACCUCUCUCUCUACCCCCACCCUCUCUCUCUCUCUACCCCCCUCUCUCUCUCUCUCUCUCUCCCCACCUCUCUCUCUCUCUCUCUCUCUCUCUACCCCCUCUCUCUCUCUACCCCCUCUCUCUCUCUACCCACCUCUCUCUCUCUACCCCCUCUCUCUCUCUCUACCCUCCUCUCUCUCUCUACCCCCCUCUCUCUCUCUCUACCCCCUCUCUCUCUCUACCCACCUCUCUCUCUCUACCCCCCUCUCUCUCUCUCUCUCUCUACCCCCACCUCUCUCUCUCUCUACCCCACCUCUCUCUCUCCCCCCUCUCUCUCCCUACCCACCUCUCUCUCUACCCACCUUUCUCUCUCUCUACCCACCUCUCUCUCUCUCUCUACCCACCUCUCUCUCUCUCUCUCUCUCAAAUACCAGAAUAUUAAACAUUUGCUUUUCUUUUUAGUGAUAAUCUUACACCUCUCCGAGUACAGAGUCGUGAGGAGGGCCGUUCCCGUCGGAUUCGCAGCCGAGAGAACAGUCGUAAUCGUACCCUACAUACCCCGAUGGGAAGUCGAGAGAACAAACUCACGUGAUGCCAACAUGUAUAGCAGAGAGAAUGGCAGACUCCAAGAUAGUAAAGUUGCAUCAACUGAACGAAGCAAUCAACCUGUUAAAUCUCAUUCAACCAAAGAACAACCAAAACAAAUGUCUGAUGAAGAGAUUGAAAAGAAAAUAGCUGCCAUAAUUGAUGAAUAUUUGAACAUCAAGGACUUAGGGGAAGCAAUUAUGUGUGUGUCUGAAUUGAAAUGUUUGAGCAACUUCCACAUUACAGUAUCGACAGCCAUCAGCCAUGUUUUAGAUAUGACUGAACAGAGCCGUAAAUUGACAGGAAAUCUUUUCUAUUCUCUGAUUGUGGAAAAGAUUCUACCGCACAGUGUCUACAUUACUGGACUCAAACAAGUGAUGGAGUAUGCUGAAGACUUGGAGAUUGAUAUUCCUAAAAUUUGGACUUAUCUGGCUGAACUCAUAUCUCCUGUUUUGGCUGAAAAUGGAUUCCCUUGGGAUUUUCUUACAGAAAUUGCAGACCCCUUGAAAGAAUCUAAAAAGGGUGGUGAUUUUAUUGCAGCCCUUCUUACAAACUUGGUUGAUACAAUGGGAGAAAACAAAGUGAGAGAAUUCUGGUCUGCUGCCAAUCUGAAAUUGUCCGACUUCACUGAAACUGAUGCUACCACCUUCAUAACUAAAAAGAAACUGGAAUUUAUUUUAGACAAGGAGAGUCCAGAAUCUAAAUUAAACAGUUUGCAAAGAAAGCUGCAUUCCCUACUGCAAGACAGCAACUGCAAGAACGAAGCUAUCCUUGACCUCAUUGAUACUGAAAUCCCAGAAUCUGUAACAAAGACUGGAGAAUUUAUCCGAAUAUUAAUGACUGAGAUCUGUUCAAGUGCAAUAGUUGGUGAAGGGGGAAGUGCCAAAGUGAAAAAAAGUACAAUUAAUGGCCGGUGUGUUAUCCUCGUGAAAUUUUUGGAUCAUCAAUUGGACCUUCAAUUACACGCUCUCUAUGCUUUGCAAGCUUUGGACCUGAAAAUGGAACAUCCACCCAAGGUUUUGCGGAUAAUGUUUGAGAUUCUAUACGACGAGGAUGUUAUAUUGGAAGAAGCUUAUUUCAAUUGGGAGAAAAGUGAAGAUUCUGCUGAACAAGAAGGCAAAGGUGUGGCUCUGAAGCUUGUCAUGGCCUUUCUCAAUUGGCUGCAUGAAGCCGAGGAUGAUGACGACGACGAGGACGAUGACGAUUGA